CAUGCUCAAAGUACCAUCAUCAUUGGCCUUGGCGAAGAACCUUACAAACAAUUGAAUCCUCAAAUACUGCUUCGUACCGCUGAUUGCACUAUACAUGUUGGAUUUUUCUACUCAAAUUGUCAAGUCAGUGUCUCGGUAACGAGCUGCACCGCAAAGAUGGCACACGUUCCACGACACAUUCAGAUGGCCGAGGAUACCUCCAUCCUGGAACCACACGUAAGCUAAAGUUCUCUAAAAUGCAAUUGUAGAACCCAAUGACCCGAUUGUUCCUCUGCUUUCUCUACGCUAUCAACAUUUAAGGCUGACUUUGAAACUCAGUGGGGGUAUGUUGAGCGCGUUCUUCCUUGCACCAACGAUCCCGGUUCUUGCGAGUAUUUGGAUGCUGUAUAUUGGAUGCACGAUGUAUCAAUGCUGUAUUCUUUCAUCAUGUGGGCUGUGAUUGGGGGAGUUUUGGCGGUCGUUGUCGUUUUCAGAACCAUGAAACCAAACCCCAGGGGAGCUUCACAAAUCUCGAUUUCAGAGAAGAACAAACCAGUUUCGAACGAGAGUGCUUAUUCCAGAGCUUGGGCAGGAGUACGCUCAUUCCUCCGGCGGAGACUUCUUCCAGAAGGGCUUGUGAGCGUAUUUGGUCACGUAAGCCGCUUGCAGAUUUUAAUCUUAUCAAUUAUGGUUGCGUAUUUACUUGUGUUCUCGUAAGUAAUUUCUCCAGCAUUUUGGUUACUCUUUUUCGAUGUAAUAUAUAUACUAACGUGGUAUAGAUUUGUUGGGAUAGUAUACAAAACAUGGAUCACGCCUGUCAAAAACAGCAAUCUUCACAACAGACGAAGUGGCAUUGGAGGGUUCUCGGACAGAAUUGGAGUACUUGCUUAUGCUUUGACUCCUUUAACGGUGGCUCUUUCGACACGAGAGUCUAUCCUCACUCUUGUUACUGGUAUUCCAUACCAAUCUCUCAACUUCCUCCAUCGAUGGUUAGGCCGAGUCAUAUAUAUCCAAGCAGCAUUUCACACCUUUGGAUGGACGCUGAUUGAGGCCAAUUUCUACCAACCACAACCAAAAGUCUAUCGAGAAUUUAUAGGGCAACUGUAUAUGAUUUGGGGCUGUAUUGCAAUGCUGUUGCUCAGUUUCCUCUUCUUUUUCAGUUUUCAGCGCGCCAUAAGAUGGACAGGACACGAGUUUUUCCGCAAGAGUCAUUACGUUGUUGCUAUGAUUUACCUGGGAGCUUGCUGGGGUCAUUGGAAUCAACUAGCUUGUUGGAUGAUCGCAUCACUUGGUAUAUGGGGAUUGGACCGUGGGAUUCGGUUUUUGCGAACUCUGUUGAUCCACGUUGGAUAUGUGAAUGGUUCACGAGGUAAGUUUAUAUGUAAAUACUCUACCUCUACCAAGACUAAUCGCUUCUAAAUCAGACUUUGGCUUCCACUCAGCGCAAUCCUCGAUCGAGUAUUUCGACGACCCAGAUGGUGGUGUUGUUCGCAUGGAAUUCAAACACAACCACGAAGCUUGGGAAGUUGGUCAACAUUUCUUCCUCUGCUUUCCAGCGCUCACAAUCUGGCAAUCGCACCCUCUCACUGUGGCAUCAGUUCCAGAACCACAUCCAGAUUUACCACAUCAUACAUAUAUAAUCCGCUGCCGUUCAGGCGAAACUAAACGUCUAAAGGAAUUGGCAUUAGGUGAUAUCAACGGACGUGAUGGGGCACCUCUCAGUUCUACCACCACACCGGUCAUUCUAUGCGGACCCUAUGGCACAGCUCUUCUCCCUUCCCACCCAAAUACCGGCCAUGGGGCAUCCAAUAUCCUUGCGAUCGCUGGUGGAACCGGAAUAUCAAUCACCCUUCCACUCGUGCUCGCUGCUACAUCAUCUCCUGCUUUCACUGGUGUCCCAAUCGAUUUCGUGUGGAUGAUUCGACGCUCCUCGAACAAGAAAUGGAUUGCAGCCGAACUCGAAGAACUGAAACGUCGUUCUCGAACGGAAAAGCCGGAUCUUAGAAUUCAUAUCUACAUCACGCAAGAAAGUUCCGAGUCGGACAAAACCGAAUUAGCUGAAGACCGCGAUUCAACCUCAAAGACGGCAAAUGAAAUGAUCGAGCCAGUUUCGAACUCGUGCUGCUCAUCAUCUUCAACGUCCAGCAACCCAAAUUAUAACAUCACCUAUAUGGACGCGCAGCAUCCUUCGCUCGGUAGCAUCGUUUCGAACUUCCUGGAGAGCCGAGCUCAGUCUAAGUUGAAGACGAGGGUCGUCGCCAGUGGACCACAAAGCAUGGGCGCUGAUCUGAGAAGUGCGGUUGCAAGAGCAAAUGACGGAUCCAAGGUCUGGAAAGGAGACAUGAGAUGGGAUGUUGAAUUGGAAUGGGAUGAUCGGAUGGGUUGAGAAACCAGCUGGGCUUUUGGAUAACUU